AUGCCACCCAAAAAGAACAAGAAGAACAAAACGCCUUCCAACGAACCCAAGCCCACGAGUGAAAAUUCAAAGGUUACAGUUGAAUCAGGAAAUGGGCAAUUGGUACGGGACACGGAAAAGACACCCGAAAAAUGCGUUGAUUGCUUAGAGAAGCAAAAGUUUUUCAAGAAAAACGAAGAAAAACUGAAAAGAAUGAAGGACAGCAUUUCCUCUUUCAAAGUCGAUAUAAAUCGUUUGAAAGACUAUAACAGCAAACGUGAGAUCGAAGUGGAGAAUUGGAUUGCAAAAUCCGAAGAGCUGAAGAAAAUCCAAAACGAGUGCUCGGAACAAAAUGAAACUAUACAGUAUUAUGAAAACAUGUUGAAUGACAUGGAGGCGGAAGAAAUAAUUUUCGAGAUGAGUUCUUUGAAACUGGAGAAUGAUCGUUUGGAGAGACAACUAGAGCCAAAAGAUCAUGAACUGGAAGCACUCAAAGAACAAAUCCGCAAAAACAGUGAGCGCAUUACCACUAUGACACAAGGCUACGAAUUGCAACUGAAAACAUUCGAAAGUAUUUUCCGAUUUCUGAAAGACACAGUGCAAAAACUGAGAAAAAAAGCAUCCUUACGAAAACGGCAAAUAACUGAAAAACUAAGAAUUUCAAAACUUUCUGUGACUUCAAACUUAUCCAACGAAAAUCAUAUAAUGAGCGAAGAUUCAGCAGCUCUAAAAAGCCAAAUCGAGAUAAGGGAAAACAAUCCAAGAGGUAACAACACAAUGACUAGAAAGAAGAAGUCGAAAGCACAGAAGUCAUCUCCGAAGACGGAUGCGAAUACAGCUCUGCAACCAACCUCGGAACAAAUUCUGAAGACAGCUGCGAGUUCAAAAUCAGCUAAUCAUUUCACUGAUGAGGAGAAAAAAUCGGCAAUGACUCGUUUUCGAGAUAUGGAGCACACGCUCAUUUCCGAUGCUUAUUGUCAAUUAUUCGAUGGAACAAAGGAAGGAAAUUGCAUAUAUAUGGAUAUUCCGAUAAAGGUCACUGAUCAAUUCAAAAAAUCGUUAGAAGAAACCAUACAGCUAUUCAAGCAAAUUAAGAUGUCAGACUUUCAAAUCCCAUUUGAAGUGGAGAUUCGCCCAAAGAUGUCCAGAAGGGAAAUUCUAAAAAUGUAUGGGAUUUUCUUAUCUGCUGUGGCGAAGUGCAUUUCGUGUUUCGAAAGGAAGGACUGCCCGGAUAACCACAACUACGAUUGUUUAUCUAUGUUAAGCUUGAUGGGAACAAUGUACAAUUUUUUCGUUGCCGGAGUUGACAUACAAAGUCCACGCACAUCGUCAAUUUCUGACCAUUCGUUCAAACUAAUCGAAGUAGUUGGAAAUGGAACGAGAGGACGCUCAGCAGUACACCACCGAAGUCAGCACAGUACACCGUUUUCACAACAUGUCCUCUACAGAAUGUUAGAGACUCCGAUUCUUCAAAAUCAGGCAGAACAGAAAAACGGAAAAACAGAAGAACAGACAGUUACUCCUCAAGAAGCAGUAUGUGAAAAAUGCAGUAAAACUGAAGCUAAAUAUGAAAUGCAGAAGACAGAAUUGAAAAAAACUCAACAGGAGAUUGAGACUGUCAAGAAGCAGCUGGAAAAUGCCAAGCUGCGGAACAGUUCUCUCCGCAAAGAAGAAAUGACGCUUAAGAAAAAAGCCGAGAAGAUGGAGAACCUUCAGAGAGAUUGUAACGAACACGCAGAAACAAUUCGUUUCUAUGAAAAUUCGAUGAAUGACGUCGGAGGAGAUUUUGUAUUGGACGAUAUCCAGAUGCUGAGUGAAGGUGUUCAAAAACUAUCAGAGAAUAAUAACCAAAGAAUGGCAAAUCUCAAUCACCUUCAACAGGAAAUCGCAGAACAACAACAGGGAAUUCUUGCUCUCACUCAACAAAAUGAAUCUCUUCGCGAAAACUACCACAGCGUAAAAAAUAAAAUGGAGCAAGCGGAAAAUGAGAAGAUACAACUGCAACAAAAGCGCACAUCUCUUCUUCGCAAUAGUGGAGCAUUGUUCACAUCUCAGAAUGGGAAUGCAAACUAA